UUCAGGUUCAACCAUUUGUUGCUCCAACGUGCUCCCGGCAGGAUCCUCCUCCCGAAAUUCGGCGCUGCGAGAGGUGUGAGUGUGCGCGCGAUUUUUCCUCUUACAUUAGUUGGAUAGAGCACGAAGUGCGUAGAGACUCUGCUUGGACUAGAAAGAACACUUCCGUUAAUAAUUGUGGUGGCGCUCGAAGGAAGCGCUCCCGCUCGGGUUCAGUUUAGCAGUGCUCGGAAGUGAAGAAGUGGAUUUAUUAAGUUAUCGCCAUCGAUUGGCUUGUGGAGUGGAAGAUAGUGACCGAUAAAGUGGUGAAUCGUCCCGCCUUCCGGCUUGAUCGAUAAGUGCAUUUAAUGGGCGAUUAAAGGUUCAUUAAACGGAAAAAGAAGCACAAUUUCAGCAAGGAUAAACCACGUGCAUCUUCAGCUGACUUCAUUUGGAUUGAACAUACCCAUCGCACAACAGCCCACAAAGCCAAAAUGCCUCAUUUGUCAGCAAUCUGCAUCCUGGUGGUCGUUUCGGUUCUGGUCCAGAACGCCAGCGGAAAGCGAGGCUGCGCCGCGUUUGGCCACGCCUGCUACGGAGGCCACGGUAAACGAUCAUCGUCACUGUCGGAGAAUCUCAUCUUUGGAGGUAGUUCCGGUAGCAGCAGUACGACCGGUGGGAAUGGCCCACUGGGUGCAAUCCCUCCUCUGCCGUAUGCCAAGCUUGCUCUGAUCAACCGAAGUAAAACAUUCGAUGACGCCUCCCCGGAGCUAAGACUGGUGAAUGCCCAGGAAAGUGAUGAUCGGAUGGAAAGCUACGUCGGACGACAGGACAAAUUCGAACGAAGCGUGCGAUAUGCUGUGAAUGCCAUUCUGCGACAGUUGCUAGAAGAAAGUCAACGCCAACCGCCGGUGGAAUCCAACAACUUCCAACCAAGCGAAGCGGGCCAGCAACAGGCACCAUCACUGCAGUUGGACAACGAGAAAAAGUAAAGAACUCUUCCCCAUUCCGACGUUACGCACCCGAAAUUGAGACUGACUGAGUGACACACUGAACGCAGCAGCGAGGAACGGUGCUUUUUCCAGUGUGAAUUUCCGGUUCAUUCAUCGAAACGUUAAUAAUGGAUCCGCGAGCAGCGAGUUUUUUUUUAUUUUCGGUUAUUCAUUCGAGUCCGGUUGUUUCAAAUUCCGUUCGGUUUUUGUGUUUUAAGCUGCUGCAAGCUUCAUGGGCGUUUUAAAAAAGAGAAUCGACUGCUGGUUUAUGCUCUCCCAGAAAGAAAAAUGAAACUUUAAUAGUUUGAAGAACUGGUUGCCACGAAUAAAAAAAUAUAUGAACAAGUUUCCACCCUUUCCCUUUCUCACUGUUUCCGCACCAAUGUAAUAUAGGUACUUGAAAUUACACUAUAAGGAAAACUCAAACACAACACUGAAGGUUAGGGCAACUGAAGGUUCGGAAGAAGACAGUCCGGCAAAACGAAGAAACUUCAAGAUAAAGAAGUAAAUUCCACGGCUCAUUCUUCCAGAAGAAAAACCAAACAUGUAAAAGAAGUGUAGAAAAAAAGAAAACUAUGUCAAUAUGCAAUAGUUAUUGUUGUUGAAAUUCAAACAUAGAAGUGAUAAGCAUAAUAGCUUGAUGAAAUCUAACACUAAGAUAAAAGUGCACAACAACAAAAAAUGCACGAAAAUUGAAAGAAAAAAAGUACCAAAUAGUUGAAUGAAACUUGUAAGGCUGGAACAGUUUUAUUUAACUAUUGCAAAAAACUUGA